AUGCAACCCGCAGACAAGUCCCAUUUCCUACGCUCAGAAGCCGAGCUUAGGCUAGAACAAUCUCGCAAAGACAAAGCAGAGCGGAUAAAGGACCUCGGCUCGCCGAUAGAGAUUACCGGGAAAGCAUUGGCGGUUCAUAUCCGCGACAACGUCGCUUGGAUUGCAGAGAACACGACUGUUGUCAGGAAGCUCGACCUUGAGACAGGCAAAACUUUGCGACUUUUUAGAGGACACGCUGCGCCGGUAACUUCAUUGGCAUUUGUCGAUCGGGUCCCAGGAAGUGGCAAGGGUGACCUCCUCAUCACGAGUUCAUGGGAUAAAACAAUCAAAGUCUGGGAUGUAGAGACAAAGCAAAUCAUUUCUUCCACAGAUGGGCAUUCAGACUUUGUAAAGGCCAUCCAUGCUAUACCCUCACUAGGCCUGUUAGUUUCAAGUGGAUCUGACAAGGUCGUCCGGCUUUGGGAUCUAUCGUCAGUUGCCGACGGGCGGCCCUUGAGAACAGUAGGGAUCCUGACCGGGCAUACACGCCCGGUCGAGUCCCUUGUUGCACGCGUUCUCUCAGAGAAAGCUGCGGUACUUUACACCGCAGAUACGAUGGGCAUCAUCCGGGUGUGGAAUAUCGCGAAGGAAGACAACCUCGACUCCCAGUGGAAGAUCGUGCCUACAGGCGAGCUCAAGCACCACCGAACGGGCGUGAAUGAGAUGAUCGUUGGAGAUGGUCACCUUUGGACAGCAUCGACGGAUGAGACGGUGCAAAUUGUCCCUGAUCCCACCCUUCCACCCACUCCGGGGGCGAAACCUAUCCCACCAAUCCAGCACGCGACCGCCGUCAAGGCCAUCCUGCCUUUGCCCCUCACUGUACUCGGGGAGCCGUAUCUGUUGACCGGAACAGGCGCAGUCAUCCGAGUGUACGACAUUUCGUCGCUCGAGGAGCCCGAGCUCAUCGCAGAGACGGAUGGACACUGGCACGACGUGACAGCCCUACGAUUGUGGAUCCGCAAGUCUGAGGUCGAAGGCCAACCCGGGAAGGUCCGCGUGGAGCCGUGGAUUGUGAGUGCAAGUCUGGAUGGUACUCUCAGAAGAUGGAGGUUGAGUGAAUUACUGCAUCCGCCGCCGCCAAAGGUUCCUGCAGAGGAGGUCAAGGUUGCCGAUGUCCCGGUCAACAUACUGGACGCAGAUGAGGAGCGCGAAUUAGCGGAGCUAAUGGACGAAGAUUGA